CAUGGAAAGUUAUUGGUCUGAAGACUCUUAUGAGGGCGGCUAUUAUUCUAAGAAUUACAAGUACCAAAAAAAACCGUACCAGAAAACACAGACUUUCGUCCCUAGCUAUGGCUCUGAGAUAUCUCUCUACAAGACGAAGAUGUGUAGGUUCAUUGUCCAAUACGGUAAUUGCACACAAAACAACAAUUGCAUACAUGCUCAUAGCAAACAUGAGUUAAGAAGAGAUCCAAGGCAGCCCAUCCCAGUCUGGGUGAAAGGGAUUUAUGAAAAGAUGCAGAGAAAUAAAAACAGGAAUUACGCCAAAUUUGAUACAAAAACAACAGCUCAUCAUGAGAAGAGGAACUUCAUUUUUGAAGAAGGUGACGAAGAGGCCCACAAACCGAAAUUUGUUGGGUCAAAUAUCCCUCUGAACAGAGCACCUGCCAGAUCUGGGACACAAUAUGAUACACAUUCUGUUGGGAUCCCAGUCAUUACUGGAACACCUAUUCAGCAGACUGAUAAUAUUGAGGAGGCGUAUAAGAAACUGAAGAUUGAGAACCUUGACCUCCAGGCGACCAUUGCCAAGGUUCAGAGAGAUAACGAGGUUUUGGAGCAGAAGCUUCAGGAGUCUUCCAAAAAGUGCGUGAAUUAUGAAUCUGUCAUUGAAAAAUACAAAGGCGUGGCAGAGUCUAUUGGGUCUGAGCUCGAGCAAGCCAAGAAAGGUCAAAUGAGCAAGGAAAAUCAGACUAUCCAAGAGCUCAGGAAAAUGGUUAAAGAACUACAACAAGAGAACUCUCAACUUACUGACAAGAACAAGGAGCUGCUAAAUAGGGUUCAUAACGAAGAUCGAUCAGGUGAUGCUUACUAUGAAAUCGCUAUGCAUGCCAUUAAACAGUUGGAGGAGAUGACUAGAAGCUAUUUGACAAAGAAGUUAAUGAACCAUCCAGUAUUGACUCCUUCACUCACGAUUGUUGAUAAAAAGGAUGUGUUCAAUAUUCUGGAUCAUGAACCAUCACAUCCCUAUAAUAGGAUUCAGAAGGUGCAAAAAGCUAAAAUCUUCCCUCCUAUUAUGAAAGCAGUCCAGCUUAGAGCAGAGCUCAAGAGAAUGAUCGAGGAGCAAGAGAGCUAUGAUGAAGGUACAAAGGAAUCAGGUUUCAAUACCUAUAGUAAAAACUCUGAAGAGCUGCUUGAGAAGAUUUCCCAGCUCGAAUCUAGACUUACAGAUAGAAACCAAGAAAUUAAGGGGUGCAAUUUUCAUAAAAGAGAGCUUGAUAAUCAACUCCAUAGUUGCAAAAUGACGAUCUCGAAGCUAAGAAAUGAGUUAGAAUUUACCAAGAAGAAUUAUUAUCAGCUGAAAGAAGAUGCCUCGAACGCUUAUACUGAAGAAGAUGUGGCUGACUAUAAAAGACAGAUUACCCAGCUACAUGAAACUAUUAGAAAAUACAAAAAGGAGAACACUGACUAUAACGACCAAGUAACAGCACUACAGAGAAACCUGGUAAAGCUUAGAGCAGCUGAUGCUGAAAUCGCGAACAAAAAUCAGGAAAUUUCUGGAUUGAAGAAAGCUCAAGAAGAACAGAGCAAGCUUAUUACUGAGAGCGAGCAGAAGGUAACCUCACUGGAAGCUGAACUUCAGAAGCUCACCCAAGAGAAGCAAGGAAUUGAACAAGAUUUAGGAGUAAAGAUCAACUCUCUCAAGCAAGAUGUGGCUAGAAGGAACAAGAUAAUAUUGAACCAGAAGAAACAGAUUGACAGUCUAGCAGAUUCAGAAGCGCUGAAGCACCAAAAUGAGGCACUGCAGCAGAGACAUGUUCAGUUGUGUGAUUCUAUUGAAGCGAUGCUUGAGUGCAAGGAGACAAACGAACCCAUGAAAAUACCCUGCUUCACCCCAUCAGGUAACACUGUUGAAAAGGAGGUCAUGCAGAAAUGGAUACUAAAUGGUCAGAAGGAUCCAUGGAAUGGAAAACCAUGUAAAGACAUAAUCAAGAAUCUCUUAGCUACAGAGCUAAACAUCCUCCUAGAUCAAUAUAAGGUGAUGACUCAAUCGUAGAAGAGAAGAGGUUAUAAGUAUUCAAUGUUCAUGAA